GCUCCCCACAGGCAGCCCAGCUGGCUUGCCCGAGAGCCAUGGCCAAGAGCGGCCUUGUCAUCUGCCUCCUGGUGAUCGGCUUGCUCCUGGACCAGGCCAGCAGCCACGCGUCCAAGCUGAAGGCCAGAAAGCACAGCAAACGCCGGGUGAAAGAAAAGGAUGGAGAUCUGAAGUCUCAGGUUGAGAAGCUCUGGCGGGAAGUCAAUGCCCUGAAGGAAAUGCAAGCUCUCCAGACAGUCUGUCUCCGAGGCACGAAGGUCCACAGGAAAUGCUACCUGGCUUCGGAAGGCCUCAAAUACUUCCACGAGGCCAAUGAGGACUGCAUUUCCAAAGGGGGCACUUUGGUGGUCCCCAGGAACUCUGAUGAGAUCAAUGCCCUCCGAGACUAUGCUAAGAGAAGCCUGCCCGGGGUGAAUGACUUUUGGGUGGGCAUCAAUGACAUGGCCACAGAAGGCAAGUUUCUGGAUGUCAAUGGAAUGGCCGUCUCCUUCCUGAACUGGGAUCGUGCACAGCCCAAUGGUGGCAAGCGUGAAAACUGUGUCCUCUUCUCCCAGUCGGCUCAGGGAAAAUGGAGUGAUGAGACCUGCCGUACUAGCAAGAAAUACAUAUGUGAGUUUACCAUCCCUUAACAGGCUCCGCGCCAAUGUGUCUCAGGCACGAGUGGGCAUGACUCAUGCACCGGCAGUCCCCAGGAAUAAAUCAAAGUUGUAACUAUUGCACAGUGGCAACACGUCUGUCAAUGCCCACGGCAAGACGUUGAGGCUACCCUAUUUCAUGGUGGUUUUGCCUUUUACAAAGCCCAAGGAUUCAGAAAACAACAAGCACACUACUAAAGUGACUUUUACAAAAGGGUGGGGGGGCGUCUCAAAUCCUCCUCCUUCUUUGCUAGUCCCUGUCCCUGGUCUAGGCACAGUCGGUUUUAGAAAUAUGAUCCUCACGCAUUUCUUCGAGGUCAGAAAGCAAGCUCGGGUUAUCUGGGAGGUCAUGCCUUAAGAACUUAGUGCUCUCGUAGACUGCUCAAU